CAGUUUGUUUCUCAACUCAACUUGUGUAUAUUUUUCUCAUUUUGGAAAAGCAUCUCGUUUUCUGAUUACGUGCAUUUAAGGACGUCCACAACUUCACGUGCAAGUCUCGAGUUAACCAUCCAAGUCGCAAGACCAACCCAGAGCAGCCAGCUGUUUGUCUUGUUAUCUAUUUAUUUUUUUGUUAACCCGCUGUCGCUCGACGCGUACACCAAGUCACCAAACUCUCCUCCGGCGCAGUAUUUAAAACCAAGUGAGAACGUAAACAAUUCAUCAUUCAGUUCGUCGAUUUUAAGCGAAUAAGACCUAUAUUUUCCAAUCGAGAAAAAUAAUAAUUAUAUAUAUUUUCCAAUCAUUUUAAAUCUAAUUGAAAAAAAAAAAUAAAAACAAUCAAAAUGAGUUCAAUCGUUGUAAGAUGCACCAAAACUCACUGUGAACUUUUAACACAAAUUGCUAAACAAGCAACUUGUUAUUCAACCAAAUCAGCUGGACCUUCAACAGAAAAACCAAAAGUUAGUGCUCGAUUAACCGAAUUCCAAAAGAAAAUGCGUGAGAAAACUCCAAUUGGCAAAUUGGAUGAAAUUGUCGGCAAACAUCCAUACCAAGAAAAGGAGCCACUCAAACCAUGGCCAAACAAUACCAAUCCUUACACCGGCGAAGUUGGUGGACCUGCUGGACCAGAACCCACUCGCUAUGGUGAUUGGGAAAGAAAGGGCCGAGUGUCAGAUUUCUAGUCUAGUCGAGUUUUAUUCGAAUAAGUUCCUGUGUUUUUUUGUUUUUUAAGAAUACCACCUACCAAUUAGUUAGAAAAUAAGGAUUUAAGAUGCUUUAUCAUAAUAGAUUUGCGAAUUAUAAUUAUGUAAAAUAACUUAUUUUUUUAAAGACUGCUUUUCGCAAUCUAACAAAAUGUAGUUUAUAGAAAUUUUAAAUUGAUUUUAGAAAAUAAAAAUGUUUUAUCAAAAAUUUGAAAAAGAAAAAAAUGA